AUGGCUGGCCCCCUUCUCCACUCCUUCGAUUACAAGGCUAUCCCCAACUCGAAGUUUUGCCUCCUUCGCAAGCCGUUUCUAAAAGCAUCACGCUCCCUUACAAAUUCUGCUCGGCACACCCUCAGAUCAUUUUCCACACGUGUGGCACGACGGCCUAAGAUGGACUAUCAUGCGGACACCACCGAGCUUGCCGCUCUUUUACACACUGCUCCAAAGCCCCAGAUGACAGCGAACUACUCUCGGCCCCGCACAGAUUCUGUCAACAUCUGCCCCCACGAUGCUCCUCUGGAAGGUCGGGAUUCCCUUGGAUCUGAUGGUUCUGUUCCAGGGAUGAUAGAAGAUCACGACUCGGUCGUCUCGGCGGACGACGACUACCAGGAUGGGAUUCCAGGAACUCGACCCGGGUUGUGGGAUCCCUUAUGGUAUUUCGGACGGCGCGGCCGGGAUAGAUCGGAGCACUGCCGUUCUAUCAGUCCCACUGACAGAUCGAGGCGGCAAGGAUAUGCCCAGUGCUCCGUGAAGAUUCAAGAAGAUCGCCCAACUACGCGCGGCCGAGCAUCUAGCUCCGACAGCCAGAACGAGGCUUUUCCUUGGCCCAUUGUUGAACUCUGCGUGGAACAACCACGGCCUCCUACCGCAAAAUCUGUGUCAUCGAGACCGUCUUAUUCAAUUUUCCCUCUUGCAGCACCUCAACGACGACCUCCGGUUUCUCCGUUGCGCGUUUCGUCUCUUCCACGACAGCCUGGUUCGGGUACGGCACCGCCUUGUUCGUCUCUACCAGAUAGCCGGCGGCCCAGCAUCGACACCAGAAUGCAUUCAUCCAAUGUUCAGAUUUCGCCACCGAUCAGCCGGCCUGGCUCGUCGAACGCAACGACCCCGACUCUGGCACAGUACGCUUCCACAGCAGCCAGCUCAACAGCCUCGAUCCCAUUGCUCUAUCAAAUGCCAGCACCGCCAUCCACCUUUGAAGCAUCACCACCGAUAUCUCCUCUGGACAAGUCUCUUCCUGAUCCUCCUAACUGGAGGCAGUCUAUCAGCAAACGUCCUUCUAUUGCUAACCUUCGCAAACUCUCACUGUCCAAGUUUCCCACUCGCUCAUCACCCACCUUGGCGGACUUGGUAAAGUCACAUUCUCGAUCUCCAACGGACGACAUUCCUCCCACCCCAAGUCUGCUACACCCACCCAGCACCUCGGCCUCGAAUCAGAAAUUCUUCUCAGACUUGCACACCCGUCCUUUACCCCCCCUUCCCAAACCCACCGAUCUGUUAGGACAAGCUCCGCCUCCACCACCAAAUAUUUCUGUCUUCGAAAUCGACUCCGACUCUGACGAGGACGACUCGGAUUCAGACUCGGACAUUGACCCAGCAGGUGCCGACUCCGGGAGAAGGAAGAAGAGGAGUUUUGCCAAGAGGUUGAUGAGGGGGUUUGUCCCACACAGCAGGAAGGGGAGGAGUGCGAGUGAGAGUGCGCCUUUGACCUGUACUCCAGAGCCCGAAUCAACAUCAUCACCUCAAGCGGCGGCUCCUACGGGGAGGAGGAGGGCCGGGACAGUAGGGAGUAUUGUUGAGUCUCUGCAUCAUCACGAGAAGCUAGGGAAGCCGUGGAUGAGGAGGCAGAAGAGCGGGGAGGUGAUGAGCUGGGGGAGGUUCUUGAGUGGGAAGAGGGGGUCUACUUGA